GCCAUGGGUCUGGCAUGAGGAACUGGGAGGUUGGAGAUGCCAUCUGUCACAUUGGACGACAGAGGAGGAGCCAGACGAGGUUGGAGGCGCCCGAGGGACGGCUGGGCUCCGCAGGCUGAGCUCAGUCCGGCUGAGAUACGGGUUUGAGAGUCAUGGGCAUAUCCUGUCCACCAUGGCCAGGCGCCCUCGGAGCAGCAGAGCUUGGCACUUUGUCCUGAGCGCAGCCCACCGAGACGCGGAUGCCCGGGCUGUGGCUCUGGCAGGGACCACUAACUGGGGCUACGACUCGGAUGGGCAGCACAGUGACUCCGAUUCCGACCCUGAGUCCCCCACCCUGCCGCCGCCCAUCCCCAGCGCUGUGCCUGUGACUGGGGAGUCCUUCUGUGACUGUGACGGCCAGAGCGAGGCCUCCUUCUGCAGCAGCCUGCACACGGCGCACCGCGGCAAGGACAAGGACUGCCGCUGUGGGGAGGAGGACGAGCAUUUUGACUGGGUGUGGGACGACCUGAAUAAGUCCUCGGCCACCCUGCUGAGCUGUGACAACCGAAAGGUCAACUUCCACAUGGAGUACAGCUGCGGCACAGCGGCCAUCAGGGGCACCAAGGAGCUGGGGGAAGGCCAGCACUUCUGGGAGAUCAAGAUGACCUCCCCGGUCUACGGCACCGACAUGAUGGUGGGCAUCGGCACGUCAGACGUGGAUCUGGACAAGUACCACCACACGUUCUGCAGCCUGCUCGGCAGAGACGAAGACAGCUGGGGUCUCUCGUACACGGGUCUCCUCCAUCACAAGGGCGAUAAGAUGAGCUUCUCGUCAAGGUUUGGCCAGGGCUCCAUCAUCGGUGUGCACCUGGACACCUGGCACGGGACGCUCACCUUUUUCAAGAACAGGAAGUGCAUAGGUGUGGCGGCCACCAAGCUGCAGAACAAGAAGUUCUACCCGAUGGUGUGCUCCACAGCAGCCAAAAGCAGCAUGAAGGUGAUCCGCUCAUGCGCCAGCAUGACCUCCCUGCAGUACCUGUGCUGCCACCGCCUGCGCCAGCUGCGGCCUGACUCUGGGGACACGCUCGAGGGGCUGCCCCUGCCACCCGGCCUCAAGCAGGUGUUGCGUCACAAGCUCGGCUGGGUCCUGAGCAUGAGCUGCGGCCGCCACAAGCCCCCCACACCAUCCCCCGUGGCCACCUGCGCAAGCGGCCCCGAGUCCCGGCCCCACCCACGGAAACGCUGCCGACGGACCUGACUGCUUGCUGGGGGACGCCGCCUUCCCUGGGUCUGGGGCCGCCUGCUCCACGCCCCUUCAGACUCCAGAGGGCAGACUUACGCCCAGGGCGGUCUUGGCUGGUAUGGACCCCUGUGGCCCCAGGAGCAUUGGCCUUUGGUGUCAUGCAGAUGCGGCCAGCCCGGCUCUCCUGGACCGACUGGGCCGGAGGACACGGGCAGAGGCAGACCCCGUGCUCGCUCCCGGCCUGUUUGCGUCCUUCAGCUGCUCGUGCAUGUCGUCAGCUGCUGUCCCUCCUGUCCCAGGCCGAAAUGACCGUAAUAAACUUAGACUCCACAUGACGCCUCUGUGGUGGCCAGAGGAAGGGAGUCAGGGCCGAGGCCCGGGGCUCCCGGCUGCCCAGGGCUCUCUCUGUGUCGUGGCCAGCUGCAUCCCAGCGCCUGCCAGGAGAGCCAGCCCGGUUCUCUCUCCUCCCCCGGGACUCUGUUUUUAUUGCCUCUCAGAACAUGCCGCCCCCAAGUCUC